AUGGCAGCCCGCGCCGCCGCUCUUCAUAAGUUUUCAGUCCACAAGGGCCCGCGUCGUAGGACCCGCUUGCAAAACGGACACGCACGAGCCAUGGCAUGCUUUCUGUUUGUUUUCUUCUUGAUUUGCUUGAGCGAAGAAAUAGGGCCAGCGGUAGUUUCUACUUCGCGCAAGAGGCACAGUUUCAAUAUCUCCAAGAGAAAGAGCAAUAUCUGCCCUGCCACAUCUUUCUCCUACUGCCGUGCCCGUGUGCCCAUUGCAAGAGUCCGCCUUACGCCAUCGAUGCCUCCCCCGUGCCAAACCGCCCUCUCCACUCAGCUGCGCAUGAUCGGGUCAAUCAAAGAUGCCAGCAUCAGUCAUGAUGACAGCCGUCACCCAACCUGCGUCGACCGUUAUGCGUCACCCAACCUGGCGUGGUGGGGGAGAAAGGGUAAGCGCAAGCGAAAGGUAAAUGGCACCAAGACCGCGCGCCAAACCCCUUCCAUGGCCGCACACACAUCAAUCUCAAACUCAUAG